AUGGAAUGCACAGGACUUUGUUUCUACGGACACUGUAUUGUCAUGUUCCUUCUUCACAUCACACCAAGCUCAGAGAAAUUCACGGUGACUGGCUUAGAGGGGCCAGUCUUGGCUCCACUGGGUGGAAACCUUGAACUCAGUUGUCAGUUACUCCCACCACAACACGCAGAGCACAUGGAAAUUCGCUGGUUCCGGGACCAUUAUACACAGCCUGUACACCUUUACAGGGAUGGCAAAGACAUAUAUGGAGAAACUAUCUCCAAGUAUGUGGAAAGGACUGAACUCCUGAAAGACGCCAUUAGAGAAGGAAGAAUGACCCUCAGGAUCUUUAAUGUGACUGUUGAUGAUGAUGGGCCAUACCACUGUGUCUUCAAAGACAGCAAUUUUUAUGAAGAGCACAUCACAGAGGUCAAGGUCACAGCUGUGAGCUUGCAGGUACAGAUUCACGUGCAUCCUCCCAAUACCAAAGGUUUAAUAGUGGAGUGUAACUCUGGAGGUUGGUUCCCACAGCCUCUCAUGGAAUGGAGGGACAGCAGAGGAGAGGUCAUUCCAGCUGCAUCAAAAUCUCAUUCUCAGGAUGAAGGCAAACUAUUCAAUAUAAAGAUGAUCCUUCUCAUUAGAGAGAGUUCCUCCCAAAAAGUCAUUUGCUGCCUUCAGAACCCCCUGACAGGCCAAGAGCACAGGACAAGUGUUGCCAUAUCAGAUGCAUUUUUUUCAUGGAAUAAGAAAUGGAAAAUGAUUUUGGUUAUGAUAUUAUGUGUGAUGGUAUUCUCUAUAAUGGUUUCCAGUCGUCAGAUACAUCUCAGAAAUCAAAGUAGGUGGUGUACAUGGACUGCUCCUUGGGUGAUAGGCAUAUUGAUAAUGAUACUUUCAGUGUUGAUCGUCAUAGGAGUCCUGGUGUGGUUGCAUAUGAAACAAAGAGUUCCCGUUUCAGAUGCACAUUUUGAAUUGGAUACUUUGUGGUUGGAAGAUAGAAGUGUCAUCCUGUGUGCACUGAUGGUUUCUGCCACAAUGCUUACUUCCUAUAUAUACUUCAAACUGAAAGCUCGUCUCCAAAAAGAAAAUCAUCUCAGUGAGGUGUCAUCCAGCAACUGAUGGGAGCAGACGUAGAGGCUCACUGCUAAACAAUAUGAAGACUUCAGAGAACCACACAGAAGAGAGGGAGGAAGGAUUUUAGGAGCCAGAGGGUUCAAGGACACCAUGAGGACAUGGCUCACAGAAUCAACUAAGAAGGACUCAUAGGAGCUCACUGAGAUUUGAAGUAACAAUCAUGAAGGAGCCUGCAGUGAUGUGAUCUCAGUGCUCUGCAUGUGUGUUAUUUUUGUAUAGCUUGGUGUUCUUGUGGGACGUCUAACAGUGGGAUUGGGCUUUGUCUCUGACUCUUUUGCCUGCUCUUGGGACACUUUUAUUCCUACUAGAUUGCCUUGUCCAACCUUCAUAUGAGGGUUUGUGUAUAGUCUUAUUGCAUCUUGUUAUGAUAUGUUCCAUUGAUAUCCCUGGGAGGCCUGCUCUUUUCUGAAGGGAAGGAAGAGGAAUGGAUCUACUGGAGAAGGGAGGUGGCAGGGGACUAAUAGGAGUGGAGGGAUAGUAAACUAAAGUCAAGUUGUAAUAUAUGAAAGAAGGAAAGGC